ACGACGACUGUUGAGGCGCCAACGCGCUUUCUUGGUUUACUUUUAAUAAAAAAGAGGCGUUUGUUUUGUCAGUCCUCUUAAUUGUAUAUAAGCUGACCAUAUAUUUGCUGUUCGGAAUGGGACAAAAAGGUGAUUUGAGUGAUUUUCAACGCGGAAUGAUUGUUGGUGCCAGACAGGCUGGUCUGAGUGUUUCCGACACCGCUGAGUUACUAGGACUUUCUCGCACUACAGUCUCCAGGGUUUACAGGGAAUGGUCAGAAAAGGACAAAACAUCCACUGGCCGACAGGAGUGUGGGCGAAAAAGCCUCGUUGAUGACCGCGGUCAGAAGAGAAUGAGCAGACUUAUUAAGGCUGAUAGAAAAGCUACCGUAACCGAGUUAACCGUUCGUUACAACCAGGGGACCCGGAGGAGCAUCUCUGAACGUACAACACGCCGUGCAUUGAAGCAAAUGGGCUACAGCAAGCAGAAAACCACACCUGAAAGUAAAACACAACCGGACGACGCUCCUGUCAACAAAGAACAGAAACCCGAGGCUCCGGUUUCCGCGGAGGCACCAGAAUUAAACGACACACCUUCAGAAUAACGUUAGAUGGAGUGUAUGCACGAGCAACAGAUGGCCAAAUUGAGAAUUGUGAACUUCACCACUGGGUCCCUCCUUUAAAAUGCUACUCUGCUGAAGUAUACAUGGAUAAAGAAAUCCUUUGAAGACGACGAGGAUGAAAAGGAACCAGCAUUACAAAUGACAUCCUUGUUUUAUGUGCUGACAGAUAUUUGAACAGUUUUUCACAUUUGGAGCUGUCAAAAACUCAAGCUUGGCUUGUCUACAUGUGUUCAAACUGUUUAAAAGUGUACAUUUUACAUAAUUUGUAGCAUUUUACUUUUAUUGUAGUACUAAUUCAAGUAGUUUAGAAUUAGACACCGAUGCAUAUGAAGCAAAGGCUGCACAUUUAACAGCAGCCAUCUUUUUUUUAGAAAAGCCUUUCAAUAAAAACAACUCGCACAGU